GUUUCCUCACCGAACACCUUUAAUAUAAUCUCACAUUUCAGAAUAAAACGGUCACAUUAAACCGGUAAAAUGUCAGAUUUUGACAGCAACCCCUUCGCGGACCCGGACUUUAGCAACCCGUUUCAGGAUUACACAGUUUACACCAUUACAUCGAACAACGUUGUAAAGUUUGAAGUAAAAUUGGCAAUAACUUUACUCAGAAAAGGAUCCAGCAGUGACGCAAGUAGUGCGGACUGUCCCACCUGGCCUGGAGGAGUAUAACCCUUUCACAGACACAAAACCGGUGCCGCCAGGCUCCGCCCCUAAGGUAGUCCCACCUACAACCAACACACAGCCGGCCAUCAUGAAACCCACGGAGGAACCGCCAGCAUACACUCAACCUCAACAGACACAGGAUCAGUCACGAGCUCAGGCAGAGUUAAUGAGGAGACAGGAGGAACUGGAGAGGAAAGCCGCUGAGCUGGACCGCAGGGAGAGAGAGAUGCAGUCGCUCAGCGCAUCAGGAGGGAGGAAAAACAACUGGCCGCCUCUUCCAGAGAAGUUUCCGGUGGGUCCGUGUUUUUAUCAUGACAUAUCAGUGGACAUUCCUGUGGAGUUUCAGAAAAACGUCAAGAUCAUGUACUAUCUCUGGAUGUUCCACACGGGGACGCUGUUUGUGAAUAUAUUCGGCUGUUUGGCGUGGUUCUGUGUAGAUGCGACGAGGGGAGUGGAUUUCGGGUUGGCUAUGCUCUGGUUCAUGCUUUUCACACCCUGUUCAUUUGUCUGCUGGUACAGACCCCUGUAUGGAGCGUUCAGGAGUGACAGCUCUUUUAGGUUCUUUGUAUUCUUCUUCGUGUAUAUCUGCCAGUUUGGUGUGCACGUGUUGCAAGCCAUCGGGAUUGCAGGUUGGGGAGCCAGUGGCUGGAUCUCAGCGUUGACUGCACUGAACAAAAGUAUUCCUGUGGGCAUCAUAAUGAUCCUGAUCGCUGCUCUAUUCACGGCAUCAGCUGUCAUCUCGCUCAUCAUGUUUAAAAAGGUCCAUGCGCUGUACCGAACCACUGGUGCAAGUUUUGAGAAGGCACAGCAGGAGUUUGCCACCGGCGUCAUGGCCAAUAAAACGGUCCAGACCGCCGCCGCUAAUGCUGCAUCCUCCGCUGCCCGAGGAACCUUCAAAGAACAGAUCUAACUGGUCCAGAAAACUUAGAACACGCCCCCUCCAUCCAUGCUACUCUAACCUCACCCUCCUCAUUCCCUAACUUUACUUACAGUCAUUCAUGAGCUUUGAUUGGCUGUUCAAAACCACACCCACUCUCACUGACCCUUAUGCACUCCUGUGACUGACUGGAACCCUGCCCUAAGCCCCUCCCCUCCUGUGAAUCAGCAGGUGUGCCCACCUGUUCUUUAGUUUGAAUGUGUGUAAAAUGCCUGCCUGCUCUAAAGUGUGUGUAUGUGUGUGUGCUAAAACAACCUAAAGAGUCAAGUCGUCACUUUAUAUGUUCACAUCACUGUUGGGUGUCCGUUCAUCCCUGUUGUACUGUAAGUGAACAGGAAGUGAUGUCAUCAAAUGUCCUUUAAUGGGAUCCAAGGCAAAAAGAAUGAUGAUGCCCUCACAGGUUUGUCUUGCCGAUAUUUCCUUAAACAUACACAUACCGUAAGCUUGAAUUAUCACACAUCACCUCAAAAGUUCUCAAGAAAUGUCGGGAUCAUAUGACGCCUAAUAAAAAUAAAUAAAUUUAUAUCUAGCAUAAUGAAAAUUAAGCCUAUUUUUAGGACUAUUAAGACUUUUUUGCGCUAUGUAAAGCACAUUUAACCUCCGGAUAUUUAUUUAUUUUUUAAUUUUUUUAUAUAAUUGCCAUUAAAUUCUUAUUACUGUAAAACAGUCAUUUUUGUUGUAUUAUUGCAAAAAUGACUGUAAUACAAUGAUUCUUUUAAAUUAAAAUCAUUAUAAAGGCACUAAAAAAAAAUUCUAGCAUGAUAUAUAAAUGCGGUUACAUUUUAAAUUAUAUAUUGUAAAAAAAAUGGGGUGAAAAUGUGUUGAAUUGUCAUGAAAAUACUGUCACGCAACAAAUACUCUCAGUGGCCUAAAAAUAGGCUUCAUUUUUAUGCAAAACAUAAGUUUGGGGUGGUAUAUCUCUUGACAUUUCUUCACCCAAAUAUCAAGGUUUUUAACAAAUUCUUCCUGCAAAAUGAGCCUGCAAAUCAGUACAAGACGACAACUAUCAAAUGUGACCAUAAACCCUCUACAUAUAACUCAGAGGGUCUCUUUACCUGUAAAUAAAUAGAAUUGUUUUGGAAUGGAAACCAAUUCUUUAAAAAAAUGGUGAACCACUCAGGAUCUAUUCCUGCAAAUGCAUGGGAAGCUUCCUAAGCUAAAGGCUGUGUCUCAUCUCUCCCAGUCUUGCGUACUAUAGGAUAAACUGGAAAACACAGAAAUACUUUUAUGGGAUUCAAAAUAGAAGCGCAAAAUUAAAUGUUUGCAUCACUCCCCUCACAACAUGUAUCAAUAAUGACACAUCGCAUUUAUGACACAAGUGUGUCCUGCAAAUUCAGAUCUGCAUAAUCACUAGCACAUGUGUGUAUCGAUGUAAGACUGUACCGUGUUGGGCCGGAUCUGUACCAGUUAGAUCCACAAUCAAGUUUAGUCAGUGUAGAAUAUAAUGAUUUUGAUGUGAAUAAAUACGAGGCUGUGAGGGAUCAGUAUGUCAUACUUCUAUAAGGUCACAUCUAAUUUCACAACCGCUGUUUUCUAAAGUUUUUUUCCAUUGGAAAAGUUUGGAAAGACGUGUUUUCAAUAUUUUGUCUGAAGGACAAUCGAAACCCAGGUACACAUCAAUACGAAAUAUUUGGCCUCAUUCUUUAAACAAACCAAAAUAAUUUUUAUAAAUCUAGUCUUACAUCAAGUGUAGUACUGAAAUCAACACGACAAUAUACACGUGAACAGAUAUAUACACCACAGCUCAGUGGUCAAGGCUCUGGGUUACUGAUCAGAAGGUCAGGGGUUCAAGUCCCAGUACUGCCAAGAUGCCACUGUUGGGCCCUUGAGUAGGGCCCUUGAAGAAAGAAUUUCACUGUAUAUGUGCAAAUGUGUGAUAAAAUUAUUAUAAAAUAAUAUACGAACGAUUUACACAAAUUUGUUCAGCUCGCGUUUUACUAAUAAGGCCUGAAAAGCGCGACAGUUAACACUAACGGUUUCAUGAAUGGUUUAUACAAAAUCGUUCUGUUAGCGUUUCACUACUAAGGACCAAUCAAUGCAACAAUUUAUACAAGAUCAGAUUUAUGACCAAUUUACACAUUCGUUGUUCUCGUUUUACUAAAGGCCCAAUAAACACGUCAAUUUAAGCUACAGUGGAUUUAUGACCGAUUUACACAUUCGUUCUGUUCACGUUUUACUGAUAAGGCACAAUCAGCGCGACAAUUGCACAAGAAUGGAUUCAUGACCGAUAUACAAAACAUUUUUUUGCGUUUUGCGAAUAAGGCCCAAUGUAAUAAAAAAAAUCAUUCAAAAAUGGAAUUAUGACUGAUUUACACAUUUGUUCUGUUUACGUUUUACUUAAAAGGCCCAAUCAGUGCAAAAAUUUACGCAAGAACGUAUUUAUGACCGAUUUACACAUUCCUUCUGGUCGUGUUAAACGAAUAAGGCCCAAUCAAUGUGACAAUUUACUCAAGAACUGGUUUAUGACAGAUUUACACAAAUUCGUUAUGUUUGCGUUACACGAAUAGGGCCCAAUUAAUGUGGCAAUUUAUGCAAGAACAUAUUUACGAACAAUUUACACAAAUUCAUUCUGUUCGUGUUACAUGAAUACGUCCCAAUCAAUGCGACAGUUUAUGCAUUAACGGAUUUAUGAGCAUUUUACACAAAUUAGUUCUGUUUGCGUUUGACAAAUAAGGCCCAAUCAAGUGACAGUUUACGCAAAAAACGGAUUCUUGACCAAUUUACACAAAUUUGUUGUUGUGGUGUUUCACAAAUAAGGCCCAAUCAAUGCGACAAUUACGCAAGAACAUAUUUACGAACAAUUUACACAAAUUCGUUCUGGUCGUGUUCCACAAAUAAGGCCCAAUCAAGGUGACAAUUUACUCAAGAACAGGUUUAUGACAGACUUACACAAAUUCGUUAUGUUUGCGUUACACAAAUAGGGCCCAAUUAAUGCGUCAAUUUAUGCAAGAACAGAUUUAUGACCAAUUUGCACAAAUUCAUUCUGUUCAUGUUUCACGAAAUUGGCCUAAUCAAUGCGACAGUUUACACAUGAACGGAUUUAUGACCAAUUUACGCAAGUUUGUUCUGUUCGCGUUUCACAAAUUAGGCCCUAUCAAUGUGACAGUUUACUCAAAAAAGGAUUAAUUGCCGAUUUACACAAAUUUGUUGUUGUGGUGUUUCACGAAUAAGGCCCAAUCAAUGCGACAAUUACACAAGAACAUUUUUAACGGACUAUUUGCACCAAUUUUUUUUGGUCGCGUUUCACGAAUAAAACCCAAUCAACGCGACAAUUUACUCAAGAACAGGUUUAUGACAGAUUUACACACAUUCAUUAUGUUUGCGUUACACAAAUAGGGCCCAAUAAAUGUGACACUUUAUGCAAAAAUGGAUUCAUGACCGAUUUACACAAAUUCGCUCUGUUUACGUUGCACGUAUAUGACCUAAUCAAUGUGUCAAUUUACGCAUGAAUGGAUUUAUGACCAAUUUACACAAAUUCGGUCUGUUCGCGUUUCACGAAUAAGGUCUUAUCAAUGCGACUGUUUCAAUUUGGAAUUCCCAAUGCGCUCUAAAUCCUCGUGGUGGCGUAGUGACUCGCCUCAAUCCGGGUAGCAGAGGAGGAAUCUCAGUUGCCUCCGCAUCUGAGACCGUCAAUCUGUGCAUCUUAUCACGUGGCUUGUUGAGCGCGUUACCGCGGAAACAUAGCACGUGUGGAGGCUUCACGCUAUUCUCCGUGGCAUCCAUGCACAACUCACCACGUGCUCCACUGAGAGCGAGAACCACAUUAUAGCGACCACGAGGAGGUUACCCCAUGUGACUCUUCCCUCCCUAGCAACUGGGCCAAUUUGGUUACUUAGGAGACCUGGCUGGAGUCACUCAGUAUGCCCUGGAUUCGAACUCGCGCCUCCAGGGGUGGUAGCCAAUGUCUUUACUCGCUGCAAGAACGCUUUACGAACAAUUUACACAAAUUCGUUCUGGUCGUGUUUCACGAAUAAGGCCCACUGAGCGAAAUUGAUCCGUCAUUUUUGGCCUCAUUCACGUCAAAGUACAUAUGCCAUCAAACCUGUCUACGGUCCACCAUGUUACGAAUUGAAUUGUCCAUUGUCGUCUGUCUUUGUUUGGUUUGUCGUUCCAGGCAAACGUAAUUUGUGUCUACCUAGAGCUUUGCAGGUGUUUCAACGUGCCUGCUCACAUUUUAAAGUUUGCUCUGGUUUUUUUCUUUCUUAGUUUUAUUAAGUGGCACAGAGAACCUUGUAGCCUUGGUUACUUUCAACAAGAGACAGGCAAGUUUUGUGAUUAUGGGAUAUGUAUCGAGAUGCAAAUGUAUCUUCAUCUUCAACGUUUCAGCAACACUGUGUGUGUGCGUGCGCGCAUGAGAGAGUGAACAAAAUGUGUUGUUCUUCACCCAUUUUCAGUAUUGAGUCUGCAGUACAUCAGCCUUUGUUUGAAAUCAGACAUACUUCAGCUUUUUAACUUACAAUCUCAUGAGGUGUCACAUUUUUAUUCCCUGUUCAUGUUUUAUUCAUAUUUUUUCUGAACUGUCCUCCUCCAUGCUUUGUGUGUACAGUAUAUUCAUUUGUGUGUCUGUGUGUUGGAGAGUGAGUGUUGGUGUGAGCUACUGCAAGUCGUUCUUCCUUUUAUAAAUACAUUUCAACAAAUGGCACCUGAAUGUUCCUGUGUUUUGCGUUUGUUUUGAAAUGAGAUAAACUGAUGUGACCUCUUGUGUGUGGUGCAAUGGAUUGUGGCUUUAAGCUGUCUUUUUUAAUUAGUGAUGCUAGUUAACUUAGUUAAAACACUGAUACAUGAGAAAUGGAUCGAAGAAAAACCAUCAUGUUAUUUAAAGCAUAACAGACGUGAGGGAUAUUUAUAUAUUUUGUAUAACGAAAGGAAUGGUGGCCUGUCGUCCUGAUUUUCAUUGUACUGUACCAAUGCACUCCUGUCUCUCUCCCUUAGUCGCAUGUUGAGUAGUUUGAGUUUUGUAUAUUUAUUGUAUUAACACAAAAAUAAAAUUAAAAAACAAA